AUCACCAUUUUCAGCUCUGAACUUUUCUGGUGAGACCGGGAGAUCUGUUUUUCAUUUUACCCCUGUGGUAGAGAGUUCUUUUCCGUCCUUUUAGGUGUUGAGAAGAUGCUGGGUGUUUUCAGCGGCUCCAUCGUUUCGCCGCCCGACGAGCUUGUUGCCGCCGGCAGUCGCACGCCGUCACCCAAAAUCACUUCGGCCGCACUGAUGAACCGGUUCGCCCAGAGCAACCCAUCUACCGUGUCGGUGCAAGUCGGAGAUCACGUCCAGUUGGCUUUUUCUCACCACAACGAGUCACCGUGGCACCCCAGGUCGUUCGCCGUGAAGGACGAGGUGUUCUGUUUGUUUGAAGGAGCUCUUGAUAAUUUAGGCAGUUUGAGGCAACAAUAUGGACUCGCCAAGUCUGCCAAUGAAGUGCUUUUGGUGAUUGAGGCAUACAAAGCUUUGCGCGAUCGAGCACCCUACCCUGCCAAUCACGUUGUUGGCCAUCUCAGCGGAGGCUUUGCUUUCGUAGUUUUUGACAAGUCCACUUCUACUCUCUUCGUGGCUUCUGACCAAUAUGGUAAGGUUCCUCUGUAUUGGGGAAUAACAGCGGAUGGAUAUGUGGCAUUUGCUGAUGAUGCAGAAUUGUUAAAAGGCGCUUGUGGCAAGUCCCUUGCUUCUUUCCCUCAAGGUUGCUAUUACUACACAACAGCUGGAGGAUUAAGAUGCUAUGAGAAUCCCAAGAAUAAGGUGACGGCAGUACCCGCAGCCGAAGAGGAAAUUUGGGGAGCAACCUUCAAGGUAACGGGAUGACCCGAGUUUUAAAUACAAUUGCCGGUGGAAGGGCCAGCGGUUCUUGCAGCCAGAGAGUAGAAGUCUCGUGAAUCGUAAAGUGGGUUACCGAACGAUGAGGUUAUAUUCGUAAAGAUUAUUAGUGGAGUGGAGCAAAGGAUUUAUGUGGUUAUUAGGCAUGCAUGAGGGGCCCAUGUAAAUACGUAGUGAGUUACUAUCACUUUAAGAAUGGGUCCGGUAGGGUGGCGUAUUCUGCUGGACUUUGUGUUAUAUAGGACUUGCUCUGUUUCCAUCAAUGUACAGUUUGUGCUCUUCUAAUAAAUUAUGCACCUAGUUUGAGAUUCUAUGUAGUAUGUAGCUUCUCUUUUCUUAAUGCAUUCACUGUUCAAAGCCUUUACA